AGCGUUGGUCGCCGACUGGUCCAGGCUGAAGGAGGGCAGGAGAGGCGAACUGCAAGAGCGAACAGAUGUGAACCGGACUACGACCAGAGUACAAGCUGUCGUCUAGACGGAGAGCCGUUCAUACCGCUAAUAUGUGGCAACCAGCGUCGGAGCGAUUGCAGCACUUUCAGAGCAUGCUGAAGACCAAGUUGAAUGUGCUGACGCUGAGAAAGGAACCGUUGCCCACGGUGAUCUUCCACGAGCCCGAGGCCAUUGAACUUUGCUCAACCACACCACUUACAAAGAACAAAACCCAAGCUGGAUAUAAGGUGACCUACCUGGGCAAGGUGACUAUUUCUGGGACCAAUUUCUUGUCUGGCUGCACAGAGUCAGCGGUGGUCGGUCUGGUGGAGCAUCGUGCUCUCGCUAACCCUGGCAGCUCUCUCCUGGAGAUACGACCCUUCCAGGUUCGUCUCCACCACCUGGAUGGGCACGGCGAGGCCUCAGUAACCAUGGACACCUACCAGGUGGCACGGAUCGCGUAUUGCACAGCCGACCACAGCGUCCGACCCAACGUCUUUGCCUGGAUCUACCGGCAAAUCAACGACGAUCUGACCUUCCAGAUGGACUGCCACGCCGUGGAGUGUGAGAGCAAGCUCGAGGCUAAGAAGCUAGCGCACUCCAUGAUGGAGGCUUUCCGCAAGACUUUCCACAGCAUGCGCUGCGAUGGGCGCAUCCACAAGAGCGGCUCUUCGGACGAGUUCGCCGAGGAUUCUUCUACUCCGGAAGACUCGACCCCAGACGACGGUUGAACGGACGCUGAUGGAAACUCCUGAUCCCCAUUCGUCGAAAACAACGGGGUGAAGGGAAGGACGGACAGAUUAGCUGCUCUCUCUCAUUCUCCCCUUUUACUUUCACUCUGACAAUUAGCAGACGCUACGAAUCAACUCAACUGCUAUCGUAAUACUUUGAAGAUUUACAGUAUAUAACUCCCCAAUCUGGGUCUUUGCGACUGAAGUCACCCUCACUGAUCCAGAUAUUUGUAUUCCCAUUUUUCCACAAGGGUCAUCCGACACCCAGUCGAGGUACUUGUCUGUGGUCAUUCAAGCUCUUCUAUCAAUGGACCCGCAAACUACAAUGCCUCCAUCUCAAGAAAGCCCGUUAUUACAAUGUCGAGACCCAGCAGAAAUAGGCCUCUGGCUAUUUUGGGCCCCAAUCCAGAGUUUCUAAGACUGGUGGAGCGCAUUGAUUUUGUGCUUGCGCAAUAGUUACAAGGCCUAUAAAGGUACUCCAUAAUAUCAUCAUAUCAUCUUCAUGGUACCUUCUUCAGCUCCCCCUCGUCUACAGGUAUUUACUUUGAUGGUACUUAGGUAUGUCAUGACAUGUAGAACAUCUAUUCCAACAUAUGUAGAUGUUUCACAUGUUCUGACCAGGAUGGUAGCUGGAGCUUUUCUGUGACAUGUUAAUCAUUCUUGUCUGACUUUUGUUUCAACCAUACCAAAAUUCAGGCUUAACAGUGCCUGCCAGAUUAUGUGCCUCAAUUUCAUCUACAUUUGUUUUGUCUAGGACCUGAUUAGUACGUCUGGCUGAAUGUGUUAUGGCCGCUUAUUUUGUUUUCUCUCUGUGGUUAGAGACGAUUGUGUACACAGCACAAGUGCUUGCAGAGCUUGUGAAAAGUAGAAAAACAUGGAGUUGAGUUUAAAGGAUACCGUGUGAACAGCUUUCAAGGGGCGCUCACCUCCUGUGGCCCCCGGUAAGACUAGUGUCACCACCAGCGAGCCUUCGGAGAUGACAGCUCAGAUCUCCUGAAUGUUUGGAUAUUCCAAAAGACCAUGAAUGCUUCUUUACACCAUCUGCAAUCACCUCGCUCGCAGAGAAUUCUUUUAUGCUAUCACACUAUAGGGCAUGGGUGUCAAACUCAUUUUUGUCACAGGCCGCAUAGUUUCCUUCGGAGGGCCAUUAUGAUUGUCAACGUGUAUAAGCUACACAACAAACUGACGAAAAUACUUAAAAAAGAUGAAUGGUAAUAAAAAUUGCUAGCAAUAUCUGUAGUUUUUAAAAGUGAAGAUAAUUUGCAAUUUUAGUAUUGACACAUGAAGUCAAUUUGUCAAUCUGGCCCCGGGGCCUUGGGUUUGACACAAAUGCUAUAGGGAGUGACAGCAAGUCAGUUUAACGCUACGCAUAAGCAGGACUGAAAGGCUCUCAAAGGGGAUUGGUGGAGUUGGUCCCCGCAACGGAACACACACUCAAGCAAGGCUAACAUGCACGUACACACACACUCAGCCAUACAUCUUAUUUUACAUAAUGUAUGUAGAUGCAGAUUGCAUUGGGCUCACACUUAAUAAGCUCAUGUAAAUAAAAUGUAUGUAUCACUUUCCAAAUAUUACAGCAUAAAUGUGGAUGAAUAUUUUAAAUAAAAAAAUAAGCUGAGAAAUAUCGUACGAUAAAGAAACAGUGUUACAAAGCCAACUGUGAAUCGUAAGUGGAGAGCCUGAUUUAAGUGGUUUGUGUGUGAGCGUGUGUUUGUCAGUGUUAGACGAGACGGAAUGUUCGGAAGAGAUGCGUGCAGGUUCAAGGGGGAGAAAACUGUAGAUUAGUCACGUCUGUUUGAAAGCUCCGACUUGCUUUAAAUGUUUGACAAAUAAGUGUUUUCUAUACAGUGUCUGCAAAGAUCAAGAAACAGUUGCAUAUAAAGCAUUUACAAAGAUCA